AUGUCGUCUUUUUUCACCGUCCCCGGCUCCCAGAAGAAGCGCAAGCGACCCGCGGCACCGGAAGCGCCCAAAAAGCGAGUCGCCGCGUCGAAAUCGGCCGGGAAACCCACGGCAAAGGGCGCCGCUGCCGCCGCCGCGACUAAGAAGCGAGUCGAGCGGGACGAGUCCAUUUCUGGCUCCGACGACGAUGAUGAGAGCUACGACAGUCCGUCCGAUGCGGGCGAGGAGGUAGAGAAGAGCGACUCGGACGAAGAGGAGGAGACUGCCGCUGAGAAGAGACUGCGCUUGGCGGAGCGGUACCUGGAGAAUAUCAAGGAGCACGUGGACGAGGCGGGCUUCGAUGCUGCCGACAUCGACAGAGAUUUGAUUGCCGAGCGGCUACAAGAGGACGUGGCCGAGACAAAAGGCCGGGUUUACCGCCAAUUAGCCUCCGAAUUGGCCUUUGACAAGGCCUCCCAAACCCUCUUCCGCACCGACACCAACGCCGUAACCUCCAUCGCCGCCUGCGCACCCUACUUCUACACCACGACCAAAGACCUCUACCUGCACAAGUGGAGGACGCAAGACCUCCCCCAAGACCAGUUCCCGCAGACCACAAGACGGAAACCGAAGAAGCCCCCCGCCCCGCCGAGGAAGAAGCCGCAGCUGGAGUCCUGGAUCAAGGGACACAAGGGGAAGAGCAAGGACAAGAACUACCAGCGGCACGUGGGGCAGAUACUCGCCGUUGCCGCAUCACCAGACGGGAAGUAUGUGGUAACGGGCGGCGAGGACCGGAGACUCAUCAUCUACGAUGCGGCCACCCUGAAGCCUCUCAAGGCCUGGACGCACCACCGCGACGCCAUCACGGGCCUGGCCUUCCGCCGCGGCACCAACCAGCUGUACUCGUCCUCCAAGGACAGGACGGUCAAGGUCUGGAGUCUGGACGAGCUUGCCUACGUCGAGACGCUCUUCGGCCACCAAGACCACGUCGUCGACAUCGACGCCCUCGCCCAGGAGCGCUGCGUCAGUGUCGGCGCGCGCGACCGCACGGCGCGUCUCUGGAAGGUCAUUGAGGAGACGCAGCUCGUCUUCCGGGGCGGCGCCGUGGACAAGAAGCCCCGCCCGGGCGUCGACCCGCGCUCGCUCACGCACGAGGGCAGCAUGGACCGCAUCGCCAUGAUCGACGACGAGCUCUUCGUCACGGGCAGCGACAACGGCGCCAUCGCCCUCUGGAGCGUCACCAAGAAGAAGCCCGUGUACAUCCAGCCCCUCGCCCACGGCAUCGACCCGGCCAUCAAGCCGACGCAGGCCUCGGCCGAGCAGCACCCCGGCGCCGACGUCGUCCCCGCGCCCACCCCCCGCUGGAUCACGGCGCUCAAGACGAUCCCCUACUCGGACGUCAUCCUCAGCGGCAGCUGGGACGGACACGUCCGCGUGUGGCGGCUCAGCGAGGACAAGAAGAAGAUAGAAGCCGUCGGCGUCCUGGGCGACCACCAGCAGGACGACAACAACGACGACGGGCCCACCGCGGAGGAGGCCGAGACCAACGGCGACGCCCCCUCCCACAGGAACAAGGAGUCGCGGCGGCCCAUCCACGGCAUCAUAAACGACAUUGCCGUCUUUGAGCGCGGCGACCGCGGCAAGGACGGCCUGUGCGUCAUCGCGGCGGUGGCCAAGGAGCACCGCUUCGGGCGGUGGAAGGUGUGCAAGGCGGUGCGCAACGGGGGCGUGGUGUUUGAGGUGCCGAGGAUACAAAAGGCCGUGGUCAACGGCGACGGUGCGUCAGAGGAGGGGACCUCGGAUGACGACGAGGAUGAAUGA